AUGUCGACCAUCGCGCAUCCGGGCGGCGCUGGCCUUGCGGAUGACAAUCAAGGGCCGCGUAUCCUGGCUGCGACGACAAUUGUCACGGUGGGCGCUGCAAUUACCGUGCUCGCCCGCAUGUACGUUCGGAUCUUUAUGAUUCGCAAUGUUGGCUUUGAUGAUUACACCAUGCUGUUGACGAUGGCGCUGUCUCUCAGCGGAUGGGGAAUUAUCAUCCCCGAAGUCAUCUACGGCGCGGGGCGACAUACUGUCUACGUGGAACAUACAGCAACCAAGGCCAUGCAUUUGAACUUUGCGACUCAGGGGAUCUACAUGUGGGCCAUCGGCCUCGUCAAGAUAUCCAUCGGAUUGUUCCUGCUGCGAUUCGCGCCACGCAAAGGCUACCGCAUCUUCAUUUGGGUGGUGAUUGUUCUGAUGCUCAUUUAUACAACAAUUUGUUUCUUUACGCUCAUCUUUCAAUGUGAAGACAUGCGAAGUAUCUGGGACUUUUCCGUCAAGUCAAAAUGCUUUGCGCCGAUCCAGUUGUUGAAACUAAGUUAUACCAAUACCGCUCUGAAUAUCUUGACGGACUUGAUUUUCGCCAUCCUCCCUAUCUUCAUGCUCAGACAUCUCCAAGUCAACAAACGGACCAAAGCCUCCUUGAUUUGCAUCCUGGGACUAGGCAUUUUUGCCUGCGCCGCCGCGAUCGUUAAACUGACAGUGCUGGGCAACUAUGGCCGCACAGGCGACUUCCUUUGGGAUUACUCCACCCUCACUAUCUGGGUUGUCGUCGAAUCAAACAUGGGCAUCGUCGCCGGCAGCCUCCCCACUCUCAAACCGCUCUUCAAGCAAGUCUUGGGCAGCUACGGCUCCCGCUACAAGUCGCAUCCCUACAACUACAACCAGAACACCUACGGAGGGAGCAAGGCCUACCGGUUACGCUCCAUGUCGCGCUCACAACAGCACGGUCAGUCUCAAACCCAGCCCAGCCACGUCGAGCCCGAGCCCUUUCCCAGCAAGCUGCCCACCACCACUACCGCCACGGCCACUUCGUAUCCCGGCCACGACAGCAGCGACAACUCAAGCGAGGAGUACAUUCUCUCGCCGUAUAACACCGACACUAUUAUGAUGACCACCGAAGUAACGGUUUCACACCUCCCUAAGCCGGGACAGGCAGUGUUAGGGCAGGAUCGGAGCCGACCGCCGCCGACAGCUGAGACGAGGCGCUUCGAUCGGCGAGAUAUGGCAUAA